AUGGACGUUGACGACACCGUGACUGCGCCAGAAGGGACCGGCGUGCCUUCGAAUCCAGUUCAUGCCCAGCUUGUCUUGGACCAGUGGCCUACGCUUGAUGAUAUCAAAGAUGAUAUCUCCAAUGAUUACGGCCACUAUCAUUUCAGAAUAUAUCCCAUCAAGAACGAGCUCGACUAUCAGUUGCAAGGUGGCAACGGCGUUAAUAUCGCGGUGUUAGACGUGAAGUCGGCUUCCAUUCUCGCGGACUUGCAAGAAAUCAACGUGUAUUUUGACGGCACUGUUUCCUGCGGCACGAUGAACAAGCGGCCAAAGUUUACCAAAAAGACGCCGAACCGGCGAUUCUCACUCAUGGUGAAUAUCUGCGGGGCGCCGAGCUUGUCACGGGUUGUAUCGUCCAAGCUGCGAGCGAAGUCGAUAUGCCUGCAGCAUCCGCAUUCCCUCCUCAGUGGGCAGGACUAUGUAAAUCCCCAGUACUUUAAGCGUCCCGGAGUGGUUAUCGAUAUGAAACAGCACCAGCGGAAUGCUCUUCGAUUUGUUGUCCAAAGGGAAGAUGUCGAGUUUUCUAACAGACUACGGGAGCAAGUCAAAGACACUAUCGGGCUAUCAUCCACCUAUGGGAACCAAAAGGACAUCGGGACGCGCCUUUGGAGCUUAGGUCAGGUCUUGGAUGUGUGGCACCUGGAGAUCACCCGGAAUCUUUCCUCAAAACAGGGUCAAGCCACCCUCAAGCUGGAAGCCCGAAGCAGGUGGUGUCUCACGGGGACACCGAUCCAGAACAAGAUCGAGGAUCUCGGCGCCUUAGCCACCUUUUGCGGCUACCGCCCUUUGACAAAAGGGGAAUUUCGAAAGCGCAUUCUAGGGCCUCUCUACUUGGCCAGCAGCCAGGCCCCCGAAGAGUUGCGCACCUACCUCCGAGCCUUUUGCCUUCGCAGGCAUCAUGACAUCCUGGACCUUCCGCUGCCCGAGGAGGUGGAGCGGGAUAUCCUCGACCUCAGAAAUGACGCCGGAGGCUCGGGGAUCGGUUGCGAGAAGUAUGAUGGCCGGGUCAAAUUCUCGGACCGGCAGCGGCGGCUAGACAUGUUCUACGCGGACCCGCUAGUGCGAGUGCUCUUGCUCACUAUUCAGAGCGGAGCGGUUGGUCUUAAUAUCACUGCGGCCAACUACGUCCAUAUGAUGGAGCCUCAGUGGAACCCGGCCGUAGAAGACCAGGCGAUUGCGAGGGUUAUACGAAUGGGCCAAAAGCGAAAGGUCACGAUUGUCCGAUAUGUUGUCAAGGGGACUGUGGAAGAGGGACAGAAAAAGAAGCUUGCCAGGUCAACGAUGACUUUUGGUGAGGCUGGAGGCGGCGCAGAGGACGACUUGAACGGCAAGCUGGAGGCGAAGUGCGGCGGAAAUCCUCCCUCCUUGCGUUUCCCUUCUGCUGUCUGGCACAUCAUCAUGUUGUCCCUUCUCCUUGCCAUUCUCCUGGCGCCAGUCCGGCUGCCUUUGCGGAUUGCCCGCUACUGGCUCCGGCUUCUGUGGCGCCCGGUCCGCUACCCCUGGAUCCUCGUCCCCUGGCGCGUCCUGCUCGUGGCCAUCACGCUCAUCAGUCUGCCCGCCGCGCUCACGGGUAUGGUCGAGGGAUUCUUUUACGGCGCGUGGGCGACCAAGUUGUUCCACACGUCCCUCCAGACCUUUGUGGACAACGUAGAAAGCGCGCGGGGAAUGGACUGGUAUUCUGUCCCCGGCGCGCCGGGCAUUCACGAUAUGCCGGUCCCGCCCCACCACAUUGUGGAACUCCGGGACCCGACUAACUGGUGGGAGAGGGUCGGGCUCAAGCGCUUCGACCUCCCCGAGGACCCGGAGGAGCUCGGCCUGAUGCCGAUAGACCAGUUUGCCAACCUGGACGUGUUGUAUCGGCGGGUGCGGUGGAGCGCCAAGCCCAAGCAGCCGUGGCACCACUUCAUCUACGUCGUCGCGGGCAUCCCUGGCUUCUUGUUCAACGACUGGGACAUUGCCUUUGACCAACUGCUACAGUAUCACUACAAGAAUCCCGCGGUCGGCAACGCGACGUUUCAGCACAUUAGCUCUUGGAACUUCCUCUGCCAGAUUUGGAAAGUCCGCGGUCCGGCCCUGGUCCACUUGACCACCGAGGUCCCGGUCGACGCGGACGGCAACCCGGAUCUCGACGUCGCGGAGAGAAUGGAGGAGGAGUACAACAACCACCCGCACCUCCCCGCGGCGUCUUCCUCCUACUUCGAGCAGCUCCGCAGCGAGACCGAGAACCCGGGCCCGUGGCGCGAAGAGGCCGUGUACAACGUCUUUCAACAGGCCAUGCGGCGCGCCUACCAAAUCUCCGACGACAAGAAGCGCCAGUACCCCCGCACGUUUGGCAAGGCCAGCGCCGUCGACGAUUGGAUCUUUGACCGCAUCUCCGCGCUGGACCCGGCGGGCGAGGAGUCGCUCGUCAACUACUACCUCGGUUUCGUGCGGUUAAUGAGCUUUCUGUCGGUGCAUACCGCGUAUUCCAUGCUUAUGCAGACUGGCGAGCUCAUCGUGCAGGUUGGCGGGCUCGCGCGGGACGCGUUCCUAGGCUUCUUUGGCGUGCAGCAGCGUCAGGCGGGGAGCGCUACGACGACGAGGAGGAGGCGCCGCGAAUUCAAAUCGCAACCGCAUCCUUGCGGCUCUUUUCGCCCUGGCGACCCCGCGCUCGCGCAGAGCUGUGACGUCGCCGAAAUCAAACCCGACUAUGACGCACCUGUGGCGCAUGGUGGCUGGGAAUAUCGAAUUAUCGCCAACGACCUACGCAGACCAAGAGGCAUCGUCGUGGACAGCCAGGGAGCCUUGUUGGUGGUGGACUCUGGCGUCGGCAUCAAGAGGCUCGUUUUAGACGAUAAGGGUGGCACUUGCUUCAGUGUCAAGGAGCAGGAAACCCUCGUCGGAGCUUCAGACUUAAAUCAUGGCAUUGCCCUAGAUAACGAAAAGGGAAUACUCUACGCAUCCACCUCGGACAAGGUUUACUCUUGGUCCUACAAUGCCGAGAGCGGUACCGUGGAUGGGAACCGCCAAACUAUUGUAGAAGGCAUGGACAACUCUGGCCAUACCACCCGCACACUUCUCCUCUCGAGCAGGAGUCCCGGCACUCUUCUAGUCUCCCGCGGGAGCGAUGGCAACAUUGACGAGGAGGCCAAGAACAUUGAAUCCGGCCACUGCCAGAUCAAGGCUUUCAACGUUAGCGAGGUCGCUGAUGCUUACGAUUUCACGACGGACGGAAGCAUCCUUGGAUGGGGACUGAGGAACUCGGUCGGCAUCGCCGAAGACCCCGCCUCGGGCGGUAUCUGGAGUGUAGAGAACUCUGUUGACCAGCUGCGGAGAGAUGGUGAGGACAUCCACACGGACAACCCGGGCGAGGAGAUGAACUUUCAUGGCUCGCUCAACGGAUCCGACGAGGAGACGGGAGGCAAUUAUGGCUACCCCAGCUGCUUCGCCCUCUGGUCUACCGAAGAUUUCCCCAACCGCGGGGAUCUCACGACGGGGAAUCAGUUUGCGCCGUCGGAAAAUGACGGCGUGGACGAUGAGCAGUGCAACGCUGAUUUUGUUGCGCCGAGAAUCACGUUCCAGGCGCAUACGGCGCCGUUGGAUAUUGUUUUCGCCAGUGAUGGGUCCGAAGCCAUUGUCUCGUUCCAUGGUAGCUGGAACCGCAACGAACCUGUGGGAUACGCCGUGUCUACAAUUUCCUUUGAAAACGGCCAGCCCGUCGCCAAGUCGGAUAGCAUGGACGCCGCGCAAGAAAUCCUCUCCAACCCCAACCUGGGCAACUGUCCCGGCAGCUGUUUCCGCCCCGUUGGUCUCGCCUGGGGCAGCGACGAUAGGCUGUUCAUGACGUCUGACGCGACGGGCGAGGUGUUUGUCUUGCAAAAACCGGAGCUAGCGGCGGCUCUGGGUCCGGCUCAGAGAGCGGCGAUGACGAGAACGGCGCUGGCCGGUUCGAGAAACGAUCUUGGUUUGCGCUGA